CAUGCGCAGUUAACGGGUAUCACAAUAUGGCGGCGGUUUGCGACAGCGCCAUGUAGCUAACUUCUAGCUCGCUAAUCACCUACAAACACGCCGGGUAACUAACCCAUUGGAAACUUUACUGCACUUUUAAGUGUAUUUCGUAAAGAUAGUGUUGCUUUUCGAGCGGGUUUAAUCCGGGAAAAUGAGUUACACCACCAAGGUAGUCCAGGUGACGAAUGUGUCACCGAGCACAACAUCUGAACAGAUGAGAACUCUGUUCGGUUUUCUGGGAACCAUCGAAGAACUAAAAUUAUUUCCACCAGAUGAUUCUCCGAUGCCUGUGACAUCGCGGGUGUGCUUUGUGAAGUUCCAGGAGCCAGAGUCUGUUGGAGUGUCUCAACAUCUGACCAACACUGUGUUUGUGGACAGAGCAUUGAUCGUAGUGCCUUUUGCAGAAGGAUCUAUUCCAGAUGAGGCCAAAGCUCUGUCACUGUUGGCUCCAGCUAACGCUGUUGCAGGAAUUCUGCCAGGAGGAGGACUUCUUCCUACACCCAACCCCAUCCCCAAUUCAGCUCUGGGACCUUUUGGUGCUCCGAACAUGGAUGCCAUGGCUGCAUUUGGAUUUGGUGGACCGAAUAUGAAUCCUCAGGCUGCUGAUCAACUGUUGAAGCUCAUGACAGAUCCUAAACUGAAUCCUUUGGCUGCAGGUUUGAACCUGAGCGCAAGCCUGAAGGCUGAUGCAUCAAAUAAGGAAAUCGAAGAGGCCAUGAAGAGAGUCAGGGAGGCCCAGUCACUUAUUUCUGCUGCAAUUGAACCUGGAAGUAAAGAAAGCAAAAAGAGGCGGUCUCGGUCCAGAUCCAGGAGAAGGAGGUCAGGUUCACGUUCACGACACAGACGAUCCAGGAGCAGAUCACGACGCCGUUCAACUUCCAGAAACAGAAGGCGCUCGAAAAGCCCACGCAGAAAACGCACCCGUUCCAGGGACCGAGGCAGAAGAUCUCGAAGCAGAUCCAGAGACAGAAAGAAAGAUGAUUCAGGGAGAAGAAGAUCCAGAACGCCUCCGAAAAGCUACAGCACAGCCAGGAGGUCACGCAGCGGGAGCCGGAGACGUAGAAGAAGUCGAAGUGGUAGCAGAUCUCCUAAAAGGAGAAUCUCUAGGUCUCCAUCUCCCCGAAGACAAAAGAAGGAGAAGAAAAGGGACAGGGAAAGAGACAGGGACCGCAAGAGUGAAAAAGAACGCAGCAAAGAUGAACGUGAGCGCUCCACCAGCAAGAAAAAGAAAAGUGAAGACAAAGAGAGGGAGAGAAAAUCAGAUGGGGAUAAAGGAGAUGUUAAGAUUACCAGGGAUUAUGAUGAAGAGGAACAAGGCUACAACAGCGAUGAGCGCGAAGAAAGGAAGGAUUCAGACGACUCUGCUUUGUCUCCGCAGUCCGUAGAAGGUAACGGCACAGCGCGGCUCCUGAAGAUGUCCAAAGUUAAUGGAGCUAGUGAUAUCCACGAAGAAGACAUGGAUGUCAGUGAUUAAAUUAUUUCUCUGGCUUGUUCCGUCAUAAUCCCUCCAUUUCUAUUGUGAACACGUUACAACUUUUUACAAACUAAAGAAAAGCUGAAAUGUUAAGUGUUACAUGAAUUAUAUGCUUUUUUUUCUUGUGAACGUUCAGUGCAGAAUCCUUUUUUGCCUCAGGUUUUUCCCAAAGACAUCACAUGACUUUAACGCUUCAAAAUACUUGUUUUCUUUACAAUCGUAGUUUGUUAAAACUGGAUAACACUUGUGUUAUUUUUUCUGCAUAUUGUAGUUUUUUGUUUGGUAGGUUUGUUAGGAUUUGUGGUAUGUCGCUCAGGCCUGUUCUCCCCCCUCGCUGAAACAGCUGAUGUUUUUUUAUUUGAAAAUGUUUUAUCAGGGUUUCUUUUGUAAUAAAACCUAUUUGGUGAA